GGCGCCUCCCCCGUGUCCGCCAUCUUGCGGCCGGUGACUGAGAGAAUCUCGGCCCGUGAGAGUAAUACCGAGCUGAAACGGAGUGACCCGGGAUUUUCAACGUGCGCUCCUUUAACCCUAGCAGGGAAAUCACACCCGGGUGCCUUGAACGUACUUGGACUCCUCUCACACAAGGCCAGCCGGCGGAGAAGCUGUGUGGCACACGGACCCUGCAGACCGGGGGAUAAAGUUCCGGCGAGGCCGAGCACAGCUCCCUCUUCACGUACGUCUCCGCUGCUAUUAUCAUAGCCCAUUUACAGUAUUGUCCUGGGGGUGGCAUCUCUAGCCUAAGCACAAAUGUGUGUGUAUGGUGUCAUACAACAACUCCUUUGAGACCCUAUCAUCUGUGUUUUUACAAGUCAGGAGUACUUCGCUACCAUGUUCUGGAAGUUUGACCUCAACACAUCAUCACAUGUAGACAAGCUCUUGGAGAAGGAGGAUGUAAGCCUCCUAGAAUUAAUGGAUGAAGAUGACCUGCUCCAAGAGUGUAAAGCUCAGAAUCAGCGGCUCCUGGACUUCCUAUGUCAGCCACAAUGCAUGGAGGAGCUUGUACAGCUCAUCACUCAACAACCUCCUGAAGAUAUGGAUGAGAAAGUCCGCUUUAAGUACCCUAACAUAGCCUGUGAAUUGCUCACUUGUGACGUGCCACAGAUUAAUGAUAAACUGGGUGAGGAUGAAAACCUCUUGAACAUCCUGUAUGACUUUCUGCGACAAGAGCCCCCACUCAAUCCUCUGCUGGCCAGCUUCUUCAGCAAGACCAUCGGAAAUCUGAUUGCAAGGAAAACUGAACAAGUAAUCGGAUUUCUGAGAAAAAAGGAGAAGUUCCUUACACUGGUGCUGGAACACAUUGGUACUUCAGCUAUGAUGGACCUUUUGCUUCGUCUCAUCAGUUGUGUGGAGCCGGCUUCACUCAGACAAGACGUGCUAAACUGGUUAAACGAGGAGAAGCUCAUUCAGAGAUUGAUAGAUCUUAUCCAUUGCAGUCAAGAUGAAGAUAGGCAGUCUAAUGCAUCCCAGACCUUAUGUGAUCUCAUUCGCCUGAGUAGAGAUCAGUGCAGUCAGAUGCAGGAGAUACUGGAGACUGAUCCUCUGCUGGUAACCCUUGAAACACAACCGUGUGUAGAGCAACUUUUGCACAACAUGUUUAACGGAGAGCCAUCUGAGACCUGUGUUGUGUGUGGGACUCAAAUUUUGCUGACAUUACUGGAAACCAGGAGACCAAGUGUGGAUCCUCUUUUGGAUUCACUUCCUCAGGGAUAUGAGAGGCCAAGUGCAGUGGUCAGUAGCAGUGUUCUUCAGGGCAUAGAAUCACGUCUGAAGGAUUUUCAUCAACUGCUCCAGCAUCCCCCUAAGAAAGAAUCUAUCUUGACCACCAUUGGUAUUUUGGAAGAACCUUUGGGAAAUGCCCGUCUUCAUACUGCUCGCCUCAUUGCUGCCUUGCUUCAAGCUAAUACGUCCGGUAUUAACCAGGAGCUCUGCAGACUUCGAACCAUGGAUCUGUUACUUGACUUAUUUUUUAGGUACACUUGGAAUAACUUUCUACACAUCCAAGUAGAGAUGUGCAUAGCUGCAAUCCUCUCCCAAUCUCUGAAAAAUGGAAAGAGUUAUGGAACUAUGGAAGAGAAAACUAACUUGGAGGCUCCUAAUGGGAAUGCAGAAGAUUCUGAGACUUUGAUACCUGAGCAAGAGAAUCUUAUGAUUACACACCUCUUUCAGGAGUGCUGCCUGGUUCAAAGAAUAUUGGAUGCAUGGGAAACAAAUGACAAAAUUCAGGCUGAAGGAGGAAUGAGGAGAGGAAACAUGGGUCACUUAACUCGUAUUGCUAAUGCAGUACAGAAUAUGGAAAAAAGUCCUAUUCAAAUACAGAUCAGUGAUUUUAUUACAGAACUCCCAGAAGACUGCAGGGGGAGGUGGGAAACCUUUGUUGAGGAGACCUUGCCUGAAACAAACCGAAGGAACACUGUGGACUUGGUAAACACCCAUCAUCUACGUUCAUCCAGUGAGGAUGAAGAUAUUGACAGUGCUUUUCCCAGUGAAUUGUCUGCACAGCAGGCUUUUUCAGACUACCAAGUUCAACAGAUGACCUCUAACUUUGUUGACCAGUUUGGUUUUAAUGAUGAAGAAUUUGCAGAGCAGGAAGACAACAUUAAUACUCCUUUUGAUCGGAUCACAGAGAUUAAUUUUAAUAUAGAAGCUGAAGAUGAAAAUCCUAAUGCUGCCCUCUUUGAAGCCUGCUAUAAUGAACAUAUUCAGCAGUUUGAUGAUGAAGAGGAGGAUAUUUGGGAGGAAAAGGAGAUUGGUUAUGGCACACAAGUUAAGUCUCGAACUCGUUGCAGGUUUGGAGCAUCACAGUCUUCUGAGGAUUCAUCACGCAGUGACUUGGAGAAUGGAGAGCCAGAGAGCAGCCCUGCUACUGAUGAUGAAGGGCAGGGGGGUUGUCACAAUGCAGAAACGCCUCCAAAUCUCAGCCCAAUCAAUGGUAGUCCUCCCAUACAUAAAGAUGGUGCAACUUCAGAAGAGACAGGAUGGACAGCUGUGUUUGAUGAGCAUGUGAACUCCAAACCUCCCACUCCUUGUGUAGCAUUGGAUGUAGGUUCUAGUGUGUGGGAUGCACCUGCUCCAGAGACAUCCACACCUGAGGAAAAGGGAUGGGCCAAGUUUACAGACUUUCAACCAUUUUGUUGUUCUGAAUCUGGUCCCCGGUGUAGUUCACCAGUGGAUACUGAAAGCAGUGCCUCUGAGGGACAUAGUAAGCAGAGUCAAGACAAAUUCUUCGGUGCCACAUCGCCCUGUGUGUGGAAUGUUUGUGUAGCUAGAAAGGCACCGGUAAUUGGUUCAGAUAGCAGCUCUUCUGGUGGCUCUGACAGUGAGGAAGAAGACAAAAACAAUAUCAUUACUGAAACCAUAAGCACUGGAGCUGGACAUGAGACUAUCAGACUCACCAUGGACACCAAGAAUGAGAAGGCUACGUUUAGUAGAAUCUUUACGCCUGCAGGUAAUCCCGAAGCCCUAGUCAUUGAUCAGUUGACUAUUGCUGAUACCAAAUGUGCAAAUGAAAAACACCCUUGUAAUUCCAGUGCCGGAGAUGAGUCACAGGAACAGAAGGUGAUUUCAACUUGCACAAAUCCACAAGGCCCUUGUAAAGAGAAGAGUCAAGAGGAUCUUGCGCCGAAUCCCGAAGCCACAUUAAAUGGGCCUGCAUGACAAACUUCAGUUUCCAUCUACAUCUGGUGUGAGGCGGGACCUCUUAUUCCCAGGGACCUUUGUGCAGAAACAAGAACAUUGGGUUUGUUUGAAGACCCUUAUGCCAACCUAUUGAGCACUGCAGGAAAAUAGUAAAACUGUUGGAUGCAGAAAAACUGAACUGAGAACUUGGAAAUACAGUUCUAGUUGUGUUUCUUCAGACCCUUGUGAUGCUUUGAAAGAAAUACUGCCUCUGCAGCAUCUUCCAUAUCCUUCUGUCAUCAUACCUGUUGAAAGAUGUACAAGGCAGCUGGGAAAUUAGCAUGAAUGAAGUACUGUUUCCUUGUCUGCAAUCUUUUUAGAAAAAAAAAAAAACAUUAUUAUUUUAGCAAUAAUCCUUCAAAUUUUAGUGCAAAUGCUUUGAUCUGCUUGCUUGCAGACGUCAUCAUUUUCAGCAGUAUACAGCAGUCCAGAUCAUAAGCCGAUCUAGCGUGUGGCAAAAGCACUGGACAUAAACUGGUACAGACGGGUGACAGUCUUCUGUUUCCAUGCACUUUACCAUCUGAUCCUUUUCAACCACUUUUGAUUUUGAAAAAGGACAGAUUUUUAGUUUAAAUUAAUUUAGAAAAAGUCUGACUUAUUGAAAUAUGACUUCCUACAGUUUCAACCAUUACAAAACAACCAUAUUCUGUCCAUAAUACCCUGUUGCAGCAAAACAUCUCUUUACCUCUCUCUGCCAGCACAAUUUACUUAUGGUAUUCUCGUUUCUUUUAGCCUCCAUGAGAAAAGGUCAAGUGUGAAUGGCAGUGUUGAUUCUGAAUAUUAGGGUGUAUCCAAAGACUUGAUCUUACAUGAAUCCACUUCAUUUGUGCUUGUUUACACUCAGCACUAUUAUACAAAUUAUAUUCCAUCCAAAAUUGUAUUGAAAAGUGGUCCUCUAAAGUUAAGGUCAUCUCAAAGUAGAUGACUGGUAUGCCUAAUAUAUGAUGAAAAAAAUCUGUAAUGGGAAAUCUGGUCUAGAUAAGGUUUUUUUUCCCCAGAGAAUUGAUCUUCUGGAGAAGUUUCAAUGAACUUCUCAAGGAAUCUUUUUUGUCUUUAACAGUCUUUAUCUCCAAGAUAUCGUUCAAGAAUAAUCUUCAAAUAUGUAGGAAAAAAAACGUGUCCGUGUACUUGGAGUAUUUUAAGCAGACCUUUUAAACUGCGAUAGCAAUGGUUUUUAUCGGCAAUUUGUGUGAAAUUGUAGACUUUAUUUUUACAUUUUUAGCUCAUGUUAUUGUUUUAAAUUAUUGUCUUUCAAUAAUUGUCAUACAAAACUCCAUUGUCUGUAAAUCUUUCUUUUUUCCAUUUCCAUACUACUCAGAAAUGUUGUUGUUUUAAGAAUGUCAACGAAAACUGUGUGCCAUAGUAUUGUCUUCAGAUCUUGUGUCAUCACUGACUUAGGAUGAGGUUACAUUUCAACAUAAUUUGUUUUCCUUUACUUUUAUGUGUAUGGCAAGUCACAUUAGAUCUGUACGGCAUUUUAAAUUCAGCUAGUGAGUAUUAAUGUUUUUUUUAACUAAUAGGUGUAUGUUUGGUAAUAGCAAAAAUGAACACAGUAUUCGCUACAUAUGUGGAAAGUGAAUGUCUGACCCACUACCCUAUCUAAGGGCAAAAUAGGAUAGAUGGGAGAAUUCUGACCUUGUGGAUGAAAGGCUCAAUUACUAUCAUUGGGGGUGGGAAGAAGUAUCCAAGACUUUCUCAAUGAAUCCUGACCGCUUUUAGGCUGCAUUCAAACUCAUCCGUUUUCUUUUCUUUUUGCAAGAUUUUCUUGUCAGCUUUUUUCUUUCUUUUUUUUUAAAUCCCUUUGGCAAGAUGUUACGUUAAUGACUUUCUGCGUUUGGACAUAUUUGUGUGUCCAUUGUACUGGUGCCUUCCUGCAAAUAAUUAUACAGAUAUGCCCAGUUGAUGCCACUGGCAUAGACUCUGUGCCCUCUUUAUCUGCAGUAAGUGUAAUAUACAGCGGCAGCAUCUAGGUGGUUAGACAGAAUGAGGAAGCUCCAUGCCUAUUAGGCCUGACUGUCCGGUUUUAUCACUUACCAAUAAGUUACAUGUUUCCCGAAAUGGUGCCAAUGAGAAAUAUAAUGCAUUUUGCAAAAAAUAGGCCCCAUACAUCUAUAUUAGCAGAAAAAAUAAAUAAAAACUAUGUCUCUUGGAAUGCAAUAUCUUAAAAAUGGAAGUGGUCCAAGAUGCCUCAGUCUUGAUGGAGUUAAAUUCUAUAGUCUAUUAUUAUGAAGUCUACAUUCACAGCAUUAAAUGCAGUAUAUCUUUAGGUAUCAAGUUUUUUUUUCUUCUGGCGUUAUUUCCAUAGGCUUCGCUAUAUGAUUUUUAAAUCAGAAAAAAAUAAUUUUUAAAAUGUUGUAAUACUUUUUAAAAUGUGUGUAUGAAAGAGAGCUUUAACCAUUUUUUACAUGAGGAUACCUUAUAAAAUCAUAAAAAAUAAUAUAUUUAAAAGGGUUCUCUGGGCUUUUAACAUUUAUGACCUAUCCUCAGGAUAGGUCAUCAAUAUCAGAUCGGCGGGGGUCCGCAGUGCGCACGUACCGUCUCUCUUCCUGUUCACUGCUGCUGUCUAUGGCAAAGCAGCAGCAGAGCAAGAAGAGAGACGGGAGAUGGCACGUGCGCACUGCGCGCCAUCAUCUCAUGCAGCCAGGUGUAGGACCGCGCCGAUCUGAUAUUGACCUAUCCUGAGGAUAGGUCAUGAAUAUUAAAAGCCCGGAGAACCCCUUUAAGUUCAACAUCUCUGCCACUAUCCCAGGGUUCAGUAACCUUCAGCACUCCAACUGCUGUGAAACUACAACUCCCAGAGGGCAUACUUCCUCGGCUAUUCUUGUAACUCCCAUAGAAGCGAAAGGAUGAUUCUGGGAGUUAUAGUUUCAGAACAGCUGGAGUGCCAGAGGUUGCUGACCCCUAUCCUAUACUGCCCUCACAUUGGAGGUCUGACAGAUCAGGAGGGCAUCACACUUUUCUUUGCUCUUAUGUUAUUCUUUCAAGACGGCAUCAGCAUAUGAACAGUAUUCUGGUGUCAGCAGUAAUAUGUUGCCAUGAUUUGAAGUUCCUUCUUUGGCUUUUCUAAUCGGUGAAGUUUUUCAUAGCUGCAUUUUAAAGGUGAACUUCAGAUUAAUUACAUCCCAGUUAAUUUUUACUACAGCUGUAUUACUACUGUCAUAAAAAGCUGUAUCCAUCCUGCCAUAUCCUCAGGAAUUGUUCAUGGCUGCUGUUCAGAAAGUUUGACAAUGUAUUGUGACUUUUUUAUUUUUAUUUUUUUAUUUUUUUUAACUUAACAUCUAAAGACGUGAGGACAAUAAAUAGAGCUAAGUUUUUUUGGAUUAAAUGAAUCAUAGUGUUAUUUGUUUUAAAUAUAGUCUCUUAGUGGUUAAAGGGAACCUGUCAUCAACUUUAUGCUGAUCUCACUGAGGACAGCAUAAAAUACUGACAGAAAUGCU